CUUAAAAAAAAAACAAAGGCUUGCUAAUAAAAACUCAGUGGUAUGCAAAUUUAAUUGCAGUCACCUAGGUGAUAGAGGAUAAGGGCCUAAACCAUGGCAAUGAUAGAAUAAAGAAAGAAUUUAGAAGUCAUUCUGAGGAAAGAAUCAACAGAAUGUGGUGACCAAGUCUCUAUUCUACCUGAUAAGUUCUUUACUUUCUUUGAACUACUCGAAGUUCUACCAUAGUCUAGAAGUCUGCCAAAAUGUCUGAAAGAUCAGAUCUCCUUCACUUCAAGUUUGAAAAUUAUGGAGAUUCAAUGUUACAAAAAAUGAACAAAUUAAGAGAAGAGAAUAAAUUUUGUGAUGUUACAGUUCUCAUAGAUGAUAUUGAGGUACAAGGGCAUAAAAUUGUGUUUGCUGCAGGUUCCCCCUUCCUAAGAGACCAGUUUUUACUGAAUGAUUCCAGAGAGGUGAAAAUCUCCAUAUUGCAGAGUUCCGAAGUGGGGAGACAAUUGCUCUUAUCCUGUUAUAGUGGUGUUCUGGAAUUCCCUGAGAUGGAACUGGUCAAUUACUUGACUGCUGCAAGUUUUCUUCAGAUGAGCCACAUUGUAGAACGGUGCACGCAGGCCUUGUGGAAGUUUAUAAAGCCAAAACAACCAAUGGAUAGUAAAGAGGGAUGUGAACCGCAGAGUGCUUCUCCCCAGUCAAAAGAACAGCAGGGAGAUGCCAGAGGCUCCCCAAAGCAGGAUUCACCUUGUAUUCAUCCAUCUGAAGACAGUAUGGAUAUGGAGGACAGUGAUAUUCAGAUUGUUAAGGUAGAGUCUAUUGGGGAUGUAUCCGAGGUUAGAAGUAAAAAAGAUCAGAAUCAGUUUAUUUCUUCUGAACCCACUGCUUUACAUUCAUCAGAGCCCCAGCAUUCCCUGAUAAAUUCAACUGUGGAAAACAGAGUAAGUGAAAUAGAACAAAACCAUCUCCACAAUUAUGCCCUCUCUUACACAGGCAGUGAUAAUAUCAUCAUGGCCUCAAAAGAUGUCUUUGGGCCUAAUAUUCGAGGUGUAGACAAAGGCCUACAGUGGCAUCACCAGUGCCCAAAGUGUACCAGGGUGUUUCGUCACCUGGAGAACUACGCCAACCAUUUAAAAAUGCACAAACUCUUUAUGUGUCUACUCUGCGGCAAGACUUUUACUCAGAAAGGCAACCUUCAUCGACACAUGCGUGUACAUGCCGGCAUUAAACCUUUCCAGUGUAAGAUCUGUGGGAAAACCUUUUCUCAGAAGUGUUCCUUACAGGAUCAUCUUAACCUUCACAGUGGAGAUAAGCCCCAUAAGUGUAACUAUUGUGACAUGGUUUUUGCACAUAAGCCAGUUUUGAGGAAACAUCUUAAACAGCUGCAUGGCAAAAACAGCUUUGAUAAUGCCAAUGAAAGAAAUGUGCAAGACCUCACAGUGGAUUUUGAUUCUUUUGCAUGUACAACAGUCACAGACUCUAAAGGGUGUCAGCCACAGCCUGAUGCAACACAGGUCCUGGAUGCAGGUAAACUGGCCCAAGCGGUCUUGAACUUAAGAAAUGAUAGUACUUGUGUGAAUUGAGUAGGGGCUUUAUGCUCACAACUUAGAAUGGAUUGAAAACGUGGCAAUACUCUCAAGUCUUUUUAGGAGCGAUUUUGCUAGUGUGAUUUCUCCAAAGCCUCUGUGUGGGUCGUAGGGGUGAGUCAAAGCACUAAUAGACCAGGCAACAUACCACUUGUAGUGGUCUUGCCUUCCUUUUGCCCUCUCCCAUUCUGUGUUUUGAAUUAUUUAUCCUGUGAUGUCUGUUUUCCUUUUCCAAGGAGUAUUCCAUUUGUCUACCUAACAUUGACUUUUGUCUUAGACUAACACUAUUUUAGGCUUUUCACUGGGCACAUUCUGAAGGUACCAGUAAGUUAAUAACAUCACCUACAGUCCACUGAUAGAUGCUAUUUUAAGAGAAGCGAAUAGUGGGGUUUUUUUUUGUUUUUUGGUUUUUUUUUGGUGGUUUUUUUGUUUUGUUUUGUUUUGUUUUUUGGCAAAAAAUAGGCUGAGAUAUAAGGUGACAGUGCUCUUGGCCUGUAUAUGUGAUAGAGCUUCCAGUUGCCUAUUGUUGAUUGCCUACUGAUAAUGAAUCUGCCUCCUACCAUUUGUACUUGUCUUGAAGCUGGCUAUGAAGUAUUUGGGGUUGUUAUGGACUGUCUUCAACAGUAUUAUGGCCCAACUUCGUGUCACUGAGUUGUUCACAGAGACAAGAGUACAGUCUUUUCGGCAACACCUACAGACAAAUAGGGAUCAGCAUGAGGAGCCUAAUUAACAAAGAACAGAAGUACAAUUGUUCAAUAGCACUUACGUAGCAAGUCUUCCCAAAAAGAAGCCAAAUGCUUAUAAUUAAUGUGUAACUUAUUUGUGGAUGUAUUUGAAGUCAAGAUUGCUCCAGGCACAGUUAAAAUGUGCCAAAGUAUAAUGGUCUCUCUAAAAAGGGGCUAUUUGGGAGUCCCUCUCUGGACUUUAAGAGGUUAGCCAUCAGAAAGGUGAAUUUGGCCUUCAGAGUUUUGUCUGGUGCAAUAUAAUCUCUGAAUUCCCAUCUCUUACAACUACUACACUAGUUUCUAAAAUGGAUGAAAAAAGUGGAUCCCAGCAGAGCAAUGAAGUUUUUGCAUUCAGAUAUUCCUGUAAAGGUACACAGUCCCAUCUUGCCAUGUUUAAUAGAUCACGAAUACAAAAUUAAUCUUCCAAUAUGGGAAAACACACUUGUUUUUCCUAAAGCACAUAUUAUAGUUCAGAAAUAAAAUUUUGAGUCUUAGUAGCUUUUAACUCAUGAGUUAGAUUUAGGUAAUAGUCCUAGAGUCCUUAGAGAAUCUUAAGAGAUCAUAUACUUCACCUCUUUUUUUUUUAAGUUGGGGUAUUGGGGUAUCCAAAGCUCAAAGAGGUGGCCUGGCCAAAGUUGGCCAUAGUAGAGAAGUGACUAAGAAUGAGCUAAUGUCUCCUUAUUUCUCACUAUCUCUUGGCUUAAAAAGAUUUAGUUACAUGAUCAAGCAAAAAGCUCCCAGUUUGUGCUUCACUUUUGGGAACACUGUUGGCUUUUUGAAAGAGCCCAGAUUUUGCAAACAAAACAUUGCAGGAAGGAUGUAUUUUUAUUAAUUAUUUUUUGGUUGGAAUGAAUAUACCAUUCUUCUCAAGGAAGUGACUGGUCAGGGAGGGAAAGGACAAGUAAGAACAAUGUGAGAAGGAUCCAAAUGUGAAACUGAUGUUGUCUGGAAGCAGUGUUUAUUUUCCAUCAGGAUUUUUUCUGUUUUUAUCUUUGAGCUACAAGAAUGCAUGUACAGGUAAACCAAAACUGAAGUUUAACUUGAGUAGUCACAGGGAAUUCUUAAAGUUGUUAUAAUUUGAUGCAUUUACAUGUGAACCUGAUUUGGGGUAUAAUUUCUACCUUUUGUUAAAACACUUAAAUGAGAAUAAAACUGAGUGAUAAGACUAAUAGGUAUCUUAUGCCUAAAGUCACUCAUUUUUAUGUUCUAAUGAUGCUACCUAGCAUUCUGAUUUUUAUAUGAUCCAGCCAAAGAGUACCAAUCUAUGCAACAGAUGUUAGUAUACAUUAGUAAACAUUAAUGUUAGUAAACAUUAACCAAUGUUUCUCUGAACAUCAUUUCAUCAAAGGGAAAUUUCAAGUUGGAGUGCUUCCUUUGCUUACAUUCAUGUCCUGUUUUUGUUACUUGUUUCAAGACUGUAAGGCAUGGGUUCAAAUAAGAUUGGUCUCUUUGGUUGGAGACUAUCUCUGGGUUCAUUCAAUCAGUUGAGAAACAUUGGGCACCUUCAUUACCAGGCAUUAUGCUAGAUACUGAGGAUAUGAAGGUAAGAUUCCUGCAGUUCCUGCCCUCACAGAGCUUAUGGUCUCAUAUGGUUUCAUACAGUCUUAUGUGGUCUUAGAGAAGGUGAUUUAAACUAGGAAUAAUAAAGAAAAUGCCCUGCCUCCUUUCACUUAAAAUCAGUAUCUUGAUGGUUUUUCAUCAGUAAACUUCUAGUUCUCACCAUUUGCAACUGCAAACCACUGAAGUGAUUUACAGUCUCCUCCAUUUCUUGGCUGGAGAGGUGUUCUGUUUCUGUGAGACAUUUUCUUAGUUUUGGUGGGACUUGACUUUUUUCCCCUUGUUUACAUAUGUUUCUUAGAUUGUGUUGCAAAGUGGUCAAAAUAACUGGUAUCAAAUACAUUUUAUAAGGGAAGAUGACUUUCAAAAUUAGUCAUAUUCUUACAGAGGAGGAAGAUUUUUUAAAACUUUAGUCAUUCUGCAUUUAUAUUUUAUGGAUCCCCAGGAUAACUAAAAAGGACUCUCUUUACCAUAGUUUGUUUUUUAAAUUACCUUGUCACCGUUAUUUAUUUAUUAUUUAAUUUUAAAGACAAACUCCUAACUGAAGUGGCUCUGAGGUAAAUCAGAUGUGGUUUUGUUUUACUUUAUUAGAAGAUCUUCUAUAAACGGAGGGUGACCAGUGUCACCACUUCUAAAAUAUUGUCCUAAACAAACCAGAAUAUUUUAUUUCAGCUGGCGAAUAGCUGUUCUAAAUCUGUUGUAUGUUAGACAUACUAUGAACUACCUCUUCACUUAUUACGGGGAAGUUUCCUUAAUAAAAGUGUGAAAAUUAUA